AUGGAGUCUCUUUCUUGGGCAAUUUCGACGCUUGCAGUAGUAAUCUUUGCUACUCUGACCUUCCUCUCAAAAACUCUCUUCCCCAAAAGCCACAAACUGAAUCUGAAAUUUCCACCCGGUCCAAAACCCUGGCCGAUCAUUGGCAACCUCAACCUCAUUGGUCCUCUCCCUCAUCAAUCCCUUCACAAAUUAUCCCAAACUUAUGGACCAAUAAUGCAGCUUAAGUUUGGCUCCUACCCGGUUGUUAUUGCUUCAUCUCCAGAAAUGGCAAAGCAAAUUUCAAAGACACAUGAUCAUGUCUUUGCCUCCAGACCCCAAACUGCAGCCGGGAAAUACACCACUUACAACUACCUCAACAUCACUUGGGCACCUCACGGCCCAUAUUGGCGCCAAGGCCGCAAAUUCUACCUCUCAGAGCUAUUCAACUCCAAGAGACUAGACUCUUUCGAGUAUAUUCGUGUGGAGGAAAAUCGCGCUUUCCUCUCGCGGCUGUGUGCCUUGUCAGGCAAGCCAGUCACCCUCAAGGAGCACCUCUCGCGCCUCACUCUCAGCAUUAUAAGUAGGAUUGUGCUGGGGAAGAAGUACUUCAGUGUGUCGGAAUCCGAGACUUCGAUUGUGACACUUAACGAGUUCCAGGAGAUGCUGGACGAGUUGUUCUUGCUUAAUGGGGUGUUGAACAUAGGGGAUUGGAUACCGUGGCUCGAGCUUUUCGACUUGCAAGGUUAUGUGAAGCGUAUGAAGGCAUUGAAGAAAAAGUUCGACAGAUUUCAUGACCAUGUUUUCGGUGAACACAGAGCAAACAAGGAAGGUGUGAAGGAGUAUGUGCCAAAGGACUUGGUGGAUGUACUGUUGAAGCUGGCUGAUGAUCCUAAUAUUGAAGUUAAGCUUAACUAUGACAGUGUCAAAGGAUUCACUCAGGAUUUAAUAGCAGGAGGCACAGAUACCUCAGCUACCACUGUGGAGUGGGCAAUGUCUGAACUCAUGAAACAACCACACCUCAUCGAAAAGGCGACCGAAGAGCUCGACAGGGUGAUUGGGAGAGAGAGAUGGGUGGAAGAGAAAGACAUAGCACAGCUUCCUUACAUAGAUGCAAUCAUGAAAGAGACAAUGAGGAAACACCCUGUUGCUGUAAUGCUUGCACCACAUCUGGCUCUUGAAGAUUGUAAUGUGGAAGGUUACGAUAUUCGUAAGGGGACGAGAGUGUUCAUAAACACAUGGAGCAUAGGGAGAAACUCAUCAGUGUGGGAAGCGCCAGAGGAGUUCAAACCGGAGAGGUUUCUAGGAAACACAAUUGAUGUGAAGGGACAUAAUUAUGAGCUCCUGCCAUUUGGUUCAGGAAGGAGGAUGUGCCCUGGUUAUAGCCUUGGACUGAAACUCAUUCGGUCCAGCAUAGCUAACAUGCUGCAUGGAUUCAACUGGAAAUUGCCUGAGAAUAUGAAACCGGAGGAUUUGAGCAUGGAUGAAGUUUAUGGCUUGGCAACACCAAGAAAGUUUCCACUUGUUGCAGUGGUAGAACCUAGGCUCCCAAACCAUCUUUAUUAA